AAACCAACAAGUUUACCUGGGUCCAUGUUGUAGAUCAUUCAUUCGUAAGCCGUCGUCUCUCUCUCUCUCCCCUCCUCUUCCUCUUCCUCCAUCUUCUUCUGGUCAUCAGAAUCCCUCAUAUUGUUCGGUGAUCAAACCUUGUAAAGGUACACUUUGUCCCUCUGCAUUCCUAUUUGUUAAAUUCCUAUUAGUUGUUCUUGGAUUAAAGUUUAAUUGUUUAUUGUGAUCUUGUUUUUUGUUAAUUAACGAAAAACCCAUAUCUCUUCACAAUCUUUUGUUGUUCUGUGUCUGAUCGAUCUUUCAUUGUAAAACUUGCCGUCCUUUUCGACCAUAAGCUUAAAUCAUAGCUCCGUCUCUCUCUCUCUUUCCCCCUCACUCUCCAAGUUAUUUUUCUUCAUUAUAGCACCGAAUCCAACAAGAAUUUCCAUCAAAGGUAACAAACCUUUCUGAUACCUUCUUUUUCUUUUUAUUUCAGUGUACUUUUAGAUAAAACAUAUGGAAUUCAUCUGAAAAAGAUCCAUAUAAAUACAUUCAGUGAAAGCCAAUAAAUAGUAUAAUGGACAAUUACAAUUCUUCACCUUCAUAUCCAUAUUACAAUUCAUAUGGGUAUCCUCAUGUUCCACCUCCAAAUAAUCAAUACCCACCUCUCAGUUCUGGUCCAUAUCCACCUCCUUCAUACCCUCAAUAUCCACCACCUCCAUACAACCCUUCUCUUUCUGGGCCUCAUACCUACCACCAGUACCCAUCAGCACCACCACCUCCUCCUCCUCCUCAGCCAACCUCCCAUUCAGGCCACUUAGAGUAUAGAUAUCCUCCACCAUCACAUUCUGGAUCGCUUCCCUAUCCAUACCAUGAAUACCCACCCCCCCCAGUAACCCCUUCCUCUCCUCAGCAUAGCCUUCAGCAUCAUAAUAGUUUUCAAUAUGGUUCAUCCCAUUAUCAGUAUCAACAACCCGGGUCGUUCCCAGCGUCAGAUAGCCACUACAAUGUUCCAUCCCGGGUUAAUAGCUUCCCCGGCCAUCACCGGCAAGAUAGUUCUUCUUCUUUGGAUGUUGGCUCCACAACAAAUCAUGAUAAUGUCAAUGAUCACAAUCCCACUUAUACACCGGUUUACCCACCUAUAGAUGAUCUUUUAACUAAUAUGCAUUUGUCCAACAACGAUCCCUCUGCCUCUGCAUCUCCCCCAGCGCCUGCGGCUACAUCGGUGCCUAAUUCGCCUUCAAAAUAUCAUACUUUGAGUGCAGAGUAUGACCCUCAUGGGAGUGCAUAUGGUUAUUCUGAUACCUCAUUUUCAAGCAGUUGGGAGGGAUCUUAUUCAGGUCAGAUUGAGUCCCCUACGCAGCCUGCUCUAACCCAUUCAACGCCAUUUGCUGAUUCACCACAGAGUCCCAGUUGGCAGGUUGUGCCCUUUUCAGGUACCAAAGGAUCUUUGAAGCUUUUACUUUUACAUGGAAAUCUUGAUAUUUGGGUCUAUGAGGCAAAAAACCUUCCAAAUAUGGACAUGUUCCAUAAAACUUUGGGGGAAGUGUUUAACAAAUUACCACGAAACAUGGGCAGCAAGCUUGAAGGGACAAUGAGUCGGAAGAUUACUAGUGAUCCCUAUGUCUCGAUUUCUGUAACAAGUGCUGUAAUUGGAAGGACUUAUGUGAUUAGUAAUGACGAAAAUCCUGUGUGGAUGCAACACUUUAAUGUUCCUGUUGCACAUAAUGCUGCUGAAAUCCAUUUUUAUGUUAAGGACAGUGAUGUUGUGGGGUCCCAGCUUAUGGGAGUGGUGGCGAUUCCAGUUGAACAUAUAUACUCAGGAGGGAAAGUUGAAGGGUUCUUUCCAAUUCUUCUUGGUAAUGGGAAGCCUUGCAAGCCCGGAGCUGUUCUGAGUCUUUCAAUUCAGUACACCCCUAUAGAGAAAUUGAGCAUUUUUCAUCAUGGAGUAGGAGCUGGCCCGGAUUAUUAUGGGGUUCCUGGCACAUAUUUUCCUCUCAGGAGAGGUGGAACAGUUACACUUUAUCAAGAUGCUCAUAUACCUGAUGGAUGCCUUCCAAAUCUGAUGCUUGAUGGUGGGUUGGAAUAUGUGCAUGGGAAGUGUUGGCUUGACAUCUUUGAUGCCAUACGCCAGGCAAGGCGUUUGAUUUAUAUUGUUGGUUGGGCAGUGUGGCACAAAGUUAGACUGGUCCGAGACACUGGUUCAGGAUCAGAUUGCAGCCUGGGGGAUCUUCUGAAGUCCAAAUCACAGGAAGGAGUGAGAGUGCUGCUUCUUGUAUGGGAUGACCCUACUUCUAGGAACAUCUUGGGCUACAAAACAGAUGGAAUCAUGCAAACCCAUGACGAGGAAACUCGUCGUUUUUUCAAGCACUCUUCUGUGCAAGUGCUGCUUUGUCCUCGCAUGGCUGGAAAGCGGCACAGCUGGGUUAAGCAGAGGGAAGUUGAAACAAUUUAUACGCACCACCAGAAAACUGUGAUUGUGGAUGCUGAUGCUGGCGAUAAUAGAAGACGAAUCAUAGCCUUUCUUGGGGGACUGGACUUAUGUGACGGGCGAUAUGACACUCCACAUCAUCCUAUAUUUAGGACACUACAAACAGUGCACUCAGAUGACUAUCACAACCCUACUUAUGCAGUAAUGUCUUAUGUAUCUUUUGCAUCGCAUUGUUCAGAGUUGGUGAAAAUUGUGGAAUAAUUGUUGAUUGGAUUAUAUACACCAUUUUGAGCAGAAGAUCUUGAACCUGAACCAUAUCCUCUUGUCAGCCUUUAUUCUCGUGUGUAAUUAAACACUUAACAGCAACCUAC